AUGGCAAGUUAUCACAUGAGAUCAAUAAGUUUUCCUCCUAGAUCAAACCCAAGUGCUUUAAAAGUUGAGGAAGAAUUAAACAAUCUAAAGUUUACUUGGGAAACUUUAUCAUCGUCAACUAUUUCGUGUAUGAAAUCUAAAACAAUCCAAUUGGGGUUGGUUGGUCUUAUAGACUUGUAUAACUGCUUUGAUGAUUUAAUCAACUUGCCUCUAACACAACAAUCACUUCUUAAUCAUCGACACGAAAAAUUAGUCGAAGAAGUGAUCGACGAGUCGGUGAGAUUGUUGGAUGUGUGUGUUGUUGCAAGGGAGUUCUUGUUAAUGAUGAAAGAAGGUGGACAAGAUCUUCAAUCGGCCUUGCGUAGGAAAAGCGGUGGAGAGUCGAGCAUUGAAGCAAAUGUUAAGACUUACAUUCGGUUGAGAAAGGUGGUGAAGAAGGAUGUCAACAAGUGUUUGGAUGGUGCAUUAAAGCGGGUUAUGAUCAAUGACAAGUUUAUCUCUUCUCCUCUGUUAGACCAAGACCAACAUCUUUCAGUUGUAGUUGGAUUACUAAGAGAAGUUAGCCUCAUUAGUGUCUCCAUUUUUCAAUCUCUAUUUUUGUUCAUUUCUGCUCAACCUUCAAAACCAAGCGCUAGUAGGUGGUCUUUGGUCUCAAAAAUGAUGCACAAGGGGAAGAUAGUUUGUUCUGACAUUCAAGAGGAUGGUAAUGAGGUUUCAAGUGCAGAUUUGUCAGUUCAGGCAAUCUGUGAGCAAGUCUCGAGCAAAGAUGGUGAGGUCCAGAGGAGAGUUAUGCAAAUGGCGCAGAAAAGAUUGAAGGGUUUGGAGAUUAGCAUGGAAGCCAUUGAGGAGGGAGUGGCUUGCAUGUAUCAGCGUCUGAUAAAGACUAGAGUCACUCUCCUCAACAUCUUUACCCACUAA